AUGUCUACCAACACAUCUAAUCCGCCGCAAAAUUCGUCGCCGCCCGAGCAUUCGGACGCCGCAGCGCCGCCUUCUUCAACUCCAUCUCCACCACCUAGCUCAACUCCAGAGCCGCCGCCAUCAUCAACAGCACCACCGCCUCCUCCUUCAUCGACACCUUCAUCGUCUACUCCAGACAACCCCCCGUCCUCGACAGCUCCGCCAUCUGAGCCUCCAUCGAGUACCACUCCACCACCACCGCCGCCGACUUCAUCGUCAUCGACAGAGCCACCGACUUCUACGGAACCGCCUUCAUCUACGUCAAGCUCAUCGUCGUCAUCUACUUCGAGCUCAUCGUCUACUUCUACGACCCCAGAGUCUACCACUAGUAGCAGCAGCGACUCUACAACAGCGCCCCCUACAUCUACUACUCCUCCCCCUACAUCGUCGACGACUACUGAGGAAACAACUACUGUUUCCGGGAGCGCUCCUUCGACUGAACAGGUGGUUGUAACACGCACUCGAUCAGCUACCAACACCCCAGCCAGUGGCACCACUACCUCGUCGACUUCGACGGCAACUCCGAAUGGUAUUGCUGGCAAGAAUAGCAGCGGUGGUCUCGACUCAAAGGCCAAGGUAGCCAUUGGCGUCGUCGUUCCCAUUGUCGCCAUUGCCAUCCUGGCCGUCAUUGGACUUUUCCUGUGGAAGAAGCGUCGUGCGCGCCGGGUGGCCGAGGCCGAGCGAAGAAAGGAAGUCGAGGACUAUGCCUACAACCCCAAUGCCGAUCCCACCAUUCCUGUAGUUGGCAUGACUGGAGGAGACGCGUAUGAGAUGCGGGAAGAGGGAUCUGUUGGCUACCGUGGCUGGGGAUCAACCACUCUUGGCGGCUCAACAGGCCGAAAAGCUUCGACCACGAUUUCUGGUGCCACCAACGGUUAUUCCGACAUUUCGCCUACUCGUGGCGGCAACAUGUCUGACGCGGCAUUGAUUGAUGGUCCUGAGGGAGAGAUUCUUGGCGCUAUGGGACCGUCAGCGGCAAACAACCGUGGCGAUGUUCGACGAGGAGCUUCUAAUGCGUCUUCUUCAUACAGCGCAACCGGCCGAUCAGAUGGCUCUGACGCGGGCGCAGGCAUGGCCUACAGCACUGGCGCCGGCUACUAUGAUCAAUAUAGCCAGACUCCCUAUGACACCCCCUACGGUGGUGCCAACGAGAUGCCGGCUCCGCCCAUCAUCCGCGACAAUCCCGCUCGGCGCAGCACGCGCGUUGAAAGUCCUGGUCACUUCCCUCAGCAGAGCGCUGGCAUUUCCCAGAACUUCUAA